ACAAGAAUUCCUCCAAAGGAACUGUGACUACAAAGCUGUUAACUGAGUUUAGAAUCUUGGUGGUCUUUAGAACUUGAGUGACUUGGAUGAGGUGGAAUGUUGCAAGUCCAAAUCCUAAUUAUCUCGGUCCAUCUUUAGUCCCCUUACUUAUCGUUUAUUUUGUUCUGUAUGUGACCUGACAUUUGUGUGACCAUUAGGUAAAUCCUUUAGGAUGUACAAACAGACCCCUGGUUCUGACCAACUUAAAGGCGGAGGAGUCUGUCAGAUGGCAUCUGGUUACUGUAGCUGAGAUUUACUUGCCUUUCUGUGACCCACCUACCUGCUGUUUCCACCCGUGUAUUUGAGAAAUGUCUGGACUGAUGAUUUCUUUCUUCUGCUACUAUAUAACUUCCUGGAAUGGUUACUGUGUUAGAACGUGAAAUUUUAGUAACCUGAAUCUGAGUUCCUUAGUCAUUGGCACAAAUUUGGCUUCCAGAAUAAACUCUCCUAUCCCCUUUGAGUGUCGAUUCAUGAGGUUUUGCUGUCAGUUCAAGUAACCAGAAAUGGAAAGUUCUGUGAAAGCAUCUGUAGAUUCUGAGACAGAAUCUUCUCCAGGUGUUAAUGAAACCGCUGCUGCGUCUGGGCAGAGGCUUUCUGAAAAGACACGCCAGCAAGCAGAUCAGCCGAAAACACAAGAUGAUCUUGUAGAGCAAAAUUCAAGUUAUGUGCAAGAUUCUCCAUCCAAGAAAAGAAAACUAGAUGUCGAAAUCAUCCUAGAUGAAAAACACUCUGAGGAUGAUGGAGGUGCUUCAAAGAGAAGCAAACUGGAGAGGGGUGGUGGGUCAGAAGAUGAGCCUUCCCCUGGAGGGCUUACCGAGAGAAAGCGAAAACUGCAGCCUCAGGAUGCCUUGGAAACUCAGACUCGGAAAUUUCAGAAGCUGGAGGAAGGACACAGCUCAGCCGUGGCCGCCCACUAUAACGAGCUUCAGGAAGUCGGCUUGGUGAAGCGGAGUCAAAGUCGCAUUUUCUACCUAAGAAACUUUAAUAAUUGGAUUAAAAGUAUUCUUAUUGGGGAAAUUUUAGAAAAGGUACGACAAAGAAAAAACCGUGACAUCACUGUUUUGGACCUGGGAUGUGGAAAAGGUGGAGAUUUGCUCAAGUGGAGGAAGGGGAGAAUUAGCAGGCUAGUGUGCGCUGAUAUUGCCGAUAUUUCUAUGAAGCAAUGUCAACAACGCUACGAAGACAUGAAAUGUCGUCGUGAUAAUGAGUAUAUUUUUAGUGCAGAAUUUAUAACUGCUGACUGUUCAAAGGAACUUUUGGUUGAAAAAUUCCAUGAUCCAGAAAUGUACUUUGACAUCUGCAGCUGUCAGUUUGCUUGCCAUUACUCCUUCGAGUCCUUGGAGCAGGCCGACAUGAUGCUUAGAAACGCCUGUGGAAGGCUUAACCCUGGCGGCUAUUUUAUUGGUACCACUCCCAAUAGCUUCGAACUGAUAAGACGCCUUGAAGCUUCAGAAACAGAAUCAUUUGGAAAUGAAAUAUACACUGUGAAAUUCCAGAAGAAAGGAAAUUAUCCUUUAUUUGGCUGCAAAUAUGACUUUAACUUGGAAGGUGUUGUGGAUGUCCCUGAAUUCUUGGUCUAUUUUCCAUUGCUAACUGAGAUGGCAAAGAAGUAUAAUAUGAAGCUAAUCUAUAAAAAAACAUUUCUGGAGUUCUAUGAAGAAAAGAUUAAGAACAAUGAAAACAAAAUGCUCUUAAAACGGAUGCAGGCCCUGGAGUCAUACCCUGCGAACGAGAACUCUAAACUGGCCUCUGAAAAGGCGGGCGACUACGCACAUGCAGCCGAGUACAUGAAGAACAGUCAAGUAAGGUUACCUCUGGGAACGUUAAGUAAGUCAGAAUGGGAAGCUACAAGCAUUUACUUGGUUUUUGCCUUUGAGAAGCAGCAGUGAGCGCAGUGCUUCAGAGCAGCCCUCCAUCCUCCCAGGUGGAGCAGACCAUCCAGAGACAUUUGACAGCCGUUUGUUUAUUUUCAUAGUAAGUUCUAAAUGUGUAGGGUGCUCCACAGAGUCCAGUGUAUAAAUCUGACGUUUACUGUCUGUGACAGGUUAGCAUAAUGUGUGUACAUAAGGAUGAGUCAUCGCUAAGAUCUAUUUUUAAGUAAUGUUGUAAGAAUUGUUUCCCUCUACUGUCAAAACUAUGGCAGGGCAUGUCAGAGCAACUGACCGCUCCAGUGCUGUGAUUUGCUGGCUGUGUUUACAGAGCUGAGUUUCCCAUAACUGUAGAAUGGGCAGAGGAACGCUAGAUUGCCACCGUGCAGUCAUUUCAAGCCUUGUUACAGUGUUUUUCAAGAUUUAAUGGAUUGUGUUCUAUACACUUGAAUGUAAGUGUUCGAUAUAUAUUGCUAAAGUUAUAAAAUUAAUUUUGAUUAUUGUCAUAAGAGCUACCUGACUAGAUUUUGACUGUUUCAAUAAAAAUAACUAUUUGCUAAAACACUGUAAUUCUGAGACUCUGUAGAAGAAUUGAGAUGGUAGCAUAGGAUUAAUGUGGAAUGGUUUGAUGUUUCUUUAGAAUUUCUUGCCAUAGCAAUUAGGAUAUCUAUUAUUGAGGUUGUGAUUAAGGUACAGUUAACUUUCUUCAUUGGACAAUGAUUCCAUGGCUGGAUUUUCUUAAGGUCUUGUGAAAAUGCCAUGUCCUAGUUCUGUUCCAUAACGUUUUCAAUGGGUGUGUGUUUGUGUAACAGGAGCAGCCCUGUGAGAUACAGUUUAGAUGAGUCCUCACCAAAGAGAACUCAGUCACUAAUGCUGUAUCCUUCGAGGUCCCAAACACACAACCCCUGCCUGACUCUUAAAACAUUGGGACUCCAUAAAGCACUCCACCGUCUAAUAGUCUUUCAGACAUUGACAUGUUGAGGCAUUAAUGGUACAGUAGCUGGCAGGGCUGCCUUCCAACUGUUUACUUGCUGCCUCACAACCAUCGUAGCUGUCAUUAAGUUGUCAGCAAUAGAGCUGACUCCUAGAACUGAGGCUACACUUAAGAAACUUGCCAGCCUUUAGGUACAUCAAGAAACUUAAGAGCUAAUACAAUUAUGUAUUUGUUUAAAAAUCACCCACUUAAAGGACAAUUCACAAAGAUGCCACUUCUAUAAAAAUCUGUAUAGUACUUGCUUUAAAAGUAGGCUCAGUUGUUAGGAGUGCUGCUUUUGGAGAAGACCCAGGUUCUGUUGCUAGCACCUACCUACAUGGCGGCUUCUAACCAUCAGUCACUCCAGUUCCAGGGAAGCUGACAUCAUCUUUUGGCCUCCCUGGGCACCAGGCAUGCAUGUAGUACAUAGACAUAACGUGCAGGCAGAAUACACACACAUAAAAUAAAAAUAAUUAUUAAAAAAUUAAAGGCAUAAUUUAGUUUAUAUAUAGUCACUGUUCUUAGUAUUAGAGGGUAGGUUUGGUUUUGGUGCGGGAGUUGUGGGUUGUGGGAUGGGGAGGAAUGUUCUUGCUCUUAGAAAUUUAGCCUCAUUUUAUUCCUGGGGAAGUACCAGUAAGUAUUUUGAUGAUGUGGCAGGUAGAGAAAGUGUCGUCACAAUUCAUGGUCUUAGUUAACAGGUGAUACAGCAAUUUUUAGUCUCUUUCUGCCCUUUCCAUUCCAUCCCAUGGGUCAUUUCUAGGAGAGAAGAAUUCCUCAAAGGGUGGAAUUAUUGAUGGCUAUCCCAAGCAGCAAGAAGAGAAAUGUGGAGUUCCUAGGCCCUUCCCUGAGGACUCAGAGAAAACUGGCCUUGGUCUGAGAUGGUCUCUAGUCAUUAUACCUACUGUCAAAGACAUAGGAGAGCUCCCAUGAUGUCACCCUACAGGAAACAGUCAAGCAGCUGCCUUUCUCCUUUUGUGUUGUUCCUAUCUGUUGAACCUCCACCCCUCUACCACUCCCCGCAGAAGUUUAAUGACUCAGGAUGAACUCUUGAGGACAAGAACGGGAAGGUGGCCUUUCCUGUUAUUUCUUUCAACAAAUAAGACUUUGCCCAACAUUCUUGGAACCUAAAUGUUUAAUUUUGUUAUGACUGUAGUCCCUGAUGAGAAGGUGUGACUUUCAUUGCAGCAUCCAGAAAGAGUCCCUUCUCUUGGGUUCAGUGAUGAAAAUGGUUCAAAUACACCCAGGCCUGUGUCACGCCAUGUAUGCUUGGGUUUCUAAAUGAGGAUCUGGAUCUGGCCACAUGGCUCAUAGGUUAAGAGUACUUGCAACUCUCAGAGGACUGGAGUUUGGUUCCCAGCACACACAUCAAGUGGCUUAGAACUAGCUGUAUGUCCAAUUCUGGGGACUUGAGCCUCUGCUCUAGUCUGCUGGCACCUGUACAUACAUGCAGAUACCAACACAUAAAAUAAAGGUCUUAGAAAUGAAGACCAUGCGGGCCGUUUAGGGGAUACAGCUUGACUAGAGGUAUUGGCUUGGGGAUGAAGCUGCACUGCACUAGGACCUAAAAGGCUGACAUGGACUUGUUUGGGCCUAGAAUUUUCUCAGGGCAACAGUCCAGUGUAAUGUUGAUGGAGAGAAGCUGAGGAGUUGUUAGUCCCUCCCCAUCUUGGUAACUUCACCUGUAUGGAGAUCCUCAAACCUGUCAGCUUGCUCACACACCACCUCAGUGCCCGAGUGUUUUAGAGACUGACUCUUAUUAACAAGAGAAGACAGUGAGUAGAGUCACUGACAGGUAAUGGACCUGUCUGAUGACUGACUGGCAGAGAGAGGAUAUAGAUCUCAAGAACAAAGCCAUGUUAACACUUCUGCUCUGUAGUGGGCCUUAAGUCCUAUGCUCACAUACUUCUAAGAGUGUAACAGGUGGUCCCUGCAGCUUAGUGUUAAUUAUUGAGGUACCUUUACUUAGAUGUAUUAAUUCCUGAGUAAGGUGCUUUAGUAAAUGAGGUACCCUGGCAGGAAUAGAAGUAGAUUAUUCUUCAUGGUGUGGAGACCUGGUCCCCUAACCAGAUAUGUGGAAUGUAUACACUAUAGGUGAUGGUGUCCCCCAACCUUAUUGUGUGGAUAUCCGUGCAACAGUCUCUUUGAGAGCAGAUGCUGUCUCAGUGUGAAUUAAGUAGGCAGACCUAAUCAUGUGGAUUUGCUUCCUUAAUCUCUGUUGAAGUGUUGCAUCUCUACAGGCAAUCAGGGAUUCUUCACAGACAGAACGUCCAUGGACACAGAUGCCAGAAGUCCCCUUUUGACUGUUUCAUCUAUAACAACCAUCCAGUUCUAAGCAAAACCCAUUUCAUCUGGCUUGGAAUAUUAUGUGAAUAAAAUUAAAAGUUCAUUCUUCGGCUUUCACUUGGCAGUGUUUGUGAGAUUCUUACUCUCAACAGGUGUACAUUGUUCGUUCUUGUGAUUGUGUAGUACUCCAUGUCUGAAUAAACAACCUUGUACCGUG